AUGAACCGACUUGUGCUAGCCCUGAUUCUGGGCGUUCUUUUCGUUCCCGAUGGCCAGACUUUUCGGAUAGCAAGACAGGCCGUAACUGAAGCGAUAGAAGUAGAGCCUACGGAAGCCCUCGAAGGUGUCGUCCCAACGCAAGGAACGGGUGUUGCGCAGGGAGCGGGAACGGGUACAGCGACAGGAGGAGAGGUGGAAGUAGAGACACCCGAAGUAGAGGUGCCCCCAUCCACACCAGCCCCGGCUGUAGUCGGCCAAGGCCAGUUCCCUGUGGGAUCAGUUGCACAGCCACAAUUUAUUCCCGGCAGUAGCAAUAGCAAUACCGGGGAACAGUUUAUUACCUCUGAAUUUGGCCUUGGGGCACAAGUUUUUGCUCAAACUACGCAGGCCUCAGUCGAUGUCCCUUUUGGGCAAGGAACCGUUGUCGUUGGAGAUUUCCUCAGAUUUUCGAAUAAUGCACCUCCCCCUUCUUUCAGACCCGUGGUGGACGCGGGCGUCAACAACGCAAUGGAUUCACAGCAGAUUGGACAGCCAGCCGGGGCACCAUUUACCGGAGCAACGGGCGGCCAAGUGGCCCCAAAUGGACAGGGCCAAGCGUACGCUCGCGCGAUUGGGUCAGAAAACCUUGGGCCUGUCUAUACCGGUAAUUCGCGAGGGAAUAUUGCUGUAGAUGCGAUCCAAUCAACACACCAAGGACAAACGUCUCCGACCGGUAAUCAGGGAUGGCGUCAGGUGCCUAUUCCCGCUUCUGAACCGACUGGAACCGCGCCUGUGUACACUAAUCAAGAAACACAACGACAACAACACGGUAGCAUCCAAGCUGGGGCAGCAGCGAAUCCUGGAAUUUCCCCCACGCAAGGAACAGCCCACAGCCCAGACGCAGUUUCUACACAAGGUGCUGUCCCCGGCCAAGCGACAGCUUCUGGCCAGAGAAGCGCUACCGUAGCUAAUGCACAAACAUUUGCCUCCGAGCAAAAUGUCGCACAAACACGACACGGGCAAGCCGUUGGUGCUGCAUCUAGUAGCAAUGUACAAACUGGCGGCGCAAAGCCUACCGCAAAUGGACCAGCGGCCCAGGUUCCCUCCAGUGGGGCCCAAGAUACGAGCCAGACAAGUGGAACUACCAAGGGACAGUGGGUGUUUCACCCUUCAAAGAACAACGCAGGCGCCGCUCCAGGAGUAGUCCACGGUAAGUGGGUAUACCAACAGCCCGCAGGUGUCACAGGUCGUGGACCAACGCCGAUUUCGGGUCAGUGGGUUUUCCGUAGGUCACCAAGUUUGCCUACGGACAGAGCAGGAACGUUUCGUGGACGAUGGGAAUUCCAAGCGGACCGAGUGCAACAACAUACCGGAACUUCUAAUAGCCAGUUGACUUCCCUUUCAUCCUCGGCUGGCCAAUCGUCACUCGGUCAACCAUCAGCCGGAGGUAGCCAACCAGGAGCCACAACAGCCCCAGCCGCCUUAUCUGUCCCAGCUGCACCAACAGCCCAAGCCGGCCAACCAACAGCUCAAGCCGGCCAACCAACAGCUCAAGCUGGUCAACCAUCAGUUCAGGCCGGCGAGCCAUCAGCCGUAGACGGUCAAAUGCCAGUCGUGGGCGGUCAGCCAGCUGAAGCAGUUACUGCUGAGCCCACUGAAGCACCUGAACCAGGUGAAUUUCCAGUUAGGGGAAAUAAUCAGGGUAUUACACAACAAGGUGAAGCACAACUAGGUGCUGCGCAAAGCGCAGUACAGCCAAGUGGUUCACUGCGGCCUGGAACGCAAGCAGGUGAUUCACUACAGGCUGGAACACAGACAGGGGCUUCACAACACGCUGGAACACCUGCAGAGGCUUCACAACAGGCUGGAACACAGGCAGGUGCUUCACAACAAGCUGGAACACAAGCUGGAACACAGGUGGGUGUUUCACAACAAGCUGGAACACAGGCGGGUGCUUCACAACAAGCUGGAACACAGGCGGGUGCUUCACAACAAGCUAGAACACAGGCGGGUGCUUCACAACAAGCUGGAACACAGGCGGGUGCUUCACAACAAGCUGGAACACAGGCGGUUGCUUCACAGCAAGCUGGGACACAACAAGGCGCUGCACAACAAGCUGGAAAACAUGCAGGUGCUUCACACCAAGCUGGAACGCAGGCAGGUGCUUCACAACAGGCUGGAACACCAGUUAAUGCACGAUCAUUGGGAGCCCAAAAUGUGCAGGCACCAGGAUCACAACAAGGGGUACAGGCAGGAGUAUAUCAGCCUACAGUAUAUCAGCCAGUUGGACGAGUGGGGGAAGUGUAUCAGCAAGCUGGCAUAGCACAACCAACAGGUGCAGCACAACCAACAGGUGUAGCACAACCAAUAGGGUUGGCACAACCAGCGGGUAUGGCACCACCAGCAGGGAUGGCAUCACCAAUAGGAAUGGCACAACCAACAGGGAUGGCACCACCAGUAGGAAUGGCACGACCAACGGGAAUGGCACAACCAACAGGCACGGCGCAAGCAGCAGGAAUGGCUCAACCACGUAGGCUGGCACCACCACCAGGAGGAGCUCAACCAGCGGAAGCAACCCAACAAGCUGGACCCCACUCUUUAGGAGGAUUUACAGGUGUUCAAUCGGGUAGUGGCACACAGAAACUGUCAGUUUCAGGACAAGCUCCACCCAUCAGAGAAACUGAACAAGUCUAUCGCCCUCCCUGGUUCGGGCAGACUGGAUUAAACCAGCCGCAACAAGGCACUGGAACAGGUGCAGUGGUUCAGAAUCAAGGUGGGCAGGGAGCAGUGUCCUUCACCGGGUACGUAACCGUGACUCCCGCUGUGCAAUUGCCUUCUGUAGACCUCUUGCCAAGUACACUAUCUCCGGUUGCUCCAACUUUAGCACCAGCCCCAGCGGCAGUUACACAACCGCCUCAACCUCCCACAGAGCCGAUAGAAAUAGAGCCCACUGAACCGCUCGAGAUUGAGGGGACGCCGCCGCCUCCUCCAGCCCCUGCAGCUCCAGCUGCUCCCAUCGAGGCAUUGGCACCCGUAGGCAGCGCUGCACCGGCUGGGAGCUCUCUUCCAGCUUCAGGAGCUGCACCUGCAGGUGUAGUAAGAACUCCAUUACAACAAGCUGGUCCCGCAGCUUAG